AUGGCUGAUCCCGUCUCUCCGCCUUCUUCUCCCCCGCGGGAUUCCAACACCACCCCCAGCACCACCAACAACGAGAAGACCACGACCCAUACGCCAGUCACUCCCGAAAACAAACGUCUCUCGCAAAUCGGUGGACUCUCCUUUGCCGAACGGAAGAUGAGCCGUCGUCCCUCCACCGCCCCCACCCCCAUCGUUGAGGGAGAUGGUGGCUUGACAAGAGACGUGCAUCACUCUCUUCCUGGUGACGCCCGCAACAACAGAAAAUCCAGGACGCAGGCGGAUAUGGCGAAGCGCAGGAGCUCCUACUAUGAGGAGGCGUUCCAGGGAGACAGGGAGGCCAACGUGGUCAAGGACCGUAUCUACGGUGAGGCUAUCGUAAUGGCUGAGCUGCGCACCAACGUAAUUAUCAACGAUGAGUUCAGCUUCAUCACGGACUUUUCCUACCAGCUGUCGAUCAGAUAUCAGCGACCGGUGCAUUCGAUCGUGGUCAACCUCCAGCACGGAGCCUGCAUGCUUUUUGGCGGUACUUUUGAGCCGGCCUACACACUGUCGGUUCACGCGCUUCCCGUCGAGGUGGGCGUGACCAAGAACAAGAGGAACACGGCCUUGAUCCAGAAGCACCUCCAAGAAAGUCUCGGCGUCGCCCCCGUCCGCGGAUUCGUCAAGUUCGUCGAGGUGCCCGCUGAGAACAUGGCAGUCAACGGCAAGACCACUGCUUCCCACAUUUCAGAGAUGACUGGCGAAGAAGAUGAGACUAUUGCUGAACGCCGUGCUCGUAACCGCAAGAGUAUCAGUGCCAAGUCCAUCUCGGCUCUUCGUCACGGAUCCAUUGUCGGACCCCGAAAGGGGUCGGUCUUUGAUUUCCGGAGAGAGUCCGUCGCAGCUCCACGAAAGGAAUCAGUCAUGGCCCCUCCCCAGGAGCUUACUCCUCCCCACAGCGCGACGGAUGCGCCUCCUAUUCCUCCUAUCCCCGAAGCUCACGUCGUCAACAACACUGGCCCCGCCUCCGCCGAGAAGGAAGCACCCAUCAAGGAAGUUGAGAAGGCUCCCACCAACAACCAGCUGGCCCCUCCCAAGAAGGCAAAACGCAAGAGCAGCUUUGUCUCGUCGCUGUUUUCGCGCUCUCCCAAGAGCGCACCUAUGUCUACUGUGGCAUCGUAG